GGCCGGUGAGAGAGCGGGGAGGGGUGGUGCUGAGGCACUGGGGGCUGCUCGCCAUGGCUGGCGUGGAUCUGUUCUCACAUCCCGCGCUGUACACGCGCUACCGGGCUGGGCUCUGCUCCGCCGCUGCACUGGCGCUGUUGCUUAUCACGGCGUUCACCUAUGUGACGCCGCUGCUGGUGGCCUACCGGAGCCACGGUUUCUGGCUGAAGCAGAGCGCGUACCUGGAGCAGCCCACUGUUCGUUUCCGGUACGAGGUUCUGUUCGUCGCCACCAUGGGGUCCGGCCCAGGCAGCUUCUUGGCGUGGAGCACAUUCCCAGCAUUCAACAGGCUCCAGGAGGACCGGCUUCGAGUCCCGCUCCUGUCGACUAGAGAAGAAGACAAAAACCAAGAUGGCAAAAUGGAUCAGUUGCAUUUUAAAUUGGAACUUCCACUACGACCAACAGAGCAUGUAGUUGGCAUUCAGCUGAUUCUACUCUUUUCCUACCAACUUUAUAGAGUGUCAACGUUUGUGAUGCAGAGCAUGGCUUUUCUUCAGUUUUUUUCUCCUGUGCCAGGGUCGCAACUCUAUGUGAAUGGAGACUUGAAAUUAAACCAGCGGCAAUUACUUAAUCAUUGUGGAUUGGAUACCAGAUACAAUGUGUCUGUGGUCAAUGGUACAAGUCCUUUUGCAAGUGACUAUGAUCUAGCAAACAUCAUGGCAGCAUAUUGGGAUAGAAAUGUGACAACAGUCUUUUCAGAUCCCAGCCCUGUUUGGAUGACUGGAAGAGCUACAGAUACACCAUUUAUCAUUAAUGCCACCAUUCAUUACCCAAUGGAAGUUAUCUUAUAUCAGCCAGGAUUUUGGGAAAUUAUUAAAUUUGCCUGGAUCCAGUAUGUCAGCAUCCUCCUUAUUUUUCUUUGGGUGUUCGGUAGGAUUAAGACAUUUUUGUUCCAGAAUCAGGUGUUGACUACAAUUCCAGUAUCACCAGUUCUGCCUGUAUCUCCAGUACUAUCCUACAAACAGCACCUCUCCUGAAGAGAUACCUGAGAACACUUUAUAGAAAUGCCAUUCAAAAAUAGUUACCUGAUUUUAUUCUCUAUACACGUCUUACUUGAGAAGAUCAGAAUUUUGUAAGUAUGUUCCAAGUAUGCUCUGUUUGUGCUUCCUUUUUAAAAUACAUGUUCAUUCAUCCUAUUUCUUUAGGAACACUGCUUUGGAGCCAGAAAAUUUUAUAUUUUUGACAGUUAAAGAAGAGCCUAGUUAUUUUUUUGCAACUGGAACAUGCCUCAAAAACCAUCUUGAAAACUGAAAAUAUGCUAAAGGAACAACAUUAACUGUUUUUACUUCCUGUAAAUCAAUUCACUUCAGUCUUAGAGUUGUCAAGAGUUAUUUGGACAUGCAUUUAUGUGCACUACGAAGUGAAAAAUCACAUGGAUGAGUUAAGGUCAGAGACAUGCUUCUGUAACUGUGGCAAUACAUACUCAGCAAUUUAAUUACUAAAUUGGAUGAUUAAUAAAUUCAAGGUUGAUGUGAGAAACCAA